ACAUAGCAAAUUAACAAUUCCAUUUUCCGUUGACCUCCAUACAAAAAUUCCUCACGUCGUGGGCAGAUUUUGGUUGGAGUAAAAGCUCUCGCUUCACCUUUUCCUCUCUGUAGCUGCACAUAUAACUACGCGAUUCACAUCGUUGCUAGAAUAUUUAAACCAAAUUAUUAGCAUAUUACUUAGAUACAAAGUUUCAAUCAUCCGCAGAAGUCAGACUCUGUUUAGUUUUCGCAAACGUUUGAAAAUGUUGAGCAGUGUUUCUCUCCGGGCUCAGAUCGCUUCCAUCAUAGAGGUACUUUCUAAAACUGCAGUUUCAGAAAUUAGCAAAGUAGUCGACGAUGGCAUAGUUGUGUUACGUGUGGAAAUGUGUCGACGGGAAAAUGAAAUCAACGUCCUGAAAAAUAAUGUACAACAACUUGACAGCGAGCUUCGAAGAGCUCGAGGGAUUAAUGCUCGAAGACGCAUUCAUCAUGGUCGAUCAGUUGCUGCUGAGAAUUUUAGGAGAGGGCCUGGUAAAAGUGGUACCACUUGUGAGGGGAAGACCUCGCUUAAAAAACUGCAGCCUGAGGAAGAUUUUAAUGAAAAGGAUGAAGGAGUUGGACCUGCAGAUGAGAUUCUGGUGAAGACUGAGCCAGGAGGAGAGGGUCAACAGGAAGAGCAGACUACAGGGAUAAAAGAGAAGGAAGCGUCACGCAGCAGUGUUUUCUUUCCAGGGAAACCAUAUUUAGAGUCAGACGUCAGAGAGGAUAUGAUUUUACAGCUCAGACAGCAACAACGUCAUCGGCAGUCAGACGCGCUCAGGAGAACAAGCAACGGCACAGUACAGUCAAACCCAGACCCUCAAUGUGUAUUGGGUUCUGACCCAAAUUAUAAUACGGCAAGGAGAGCGAGGACCAAGAGAUUUUUCCAGGUUAAUAAACACUUCAUUUGCACACUGUGUGGAAAGAGUUUUGAACGUUACGGCCAUCUGGAAAGACAUCUACGAAUUCAUACGGGUGAGAAACCGUAUAGUUGUGACAUAUGUGGAAGGUGUUUCAACCAGAAGGGUAGCCUCAAAGGACAUCUGAAGACUCACAGAGUAUCGAUUGACGGACUAGCUAACAACGAAGAGAAGCCUCUCCUGGAUGGACGUCAGUCUGAGGAAGAGCAGAUGAACGAGAAGGACGAAGUGUUCCAAACUGCUCCUCAGAUGCCCAUGAAGUAUGAGCCAGAGGAUGAGAAGGAUGCAUUCCAGACACUAGAUCAUAAAGCAAGAGAACAGACUGCAGGGAGAGCAGAAGAGCAACUGGAUGAUGACUUGUCAACGUACGAGAGAGACGGCCAGCCGUGGAUGUCCAGUUCACAAGCAGACAACGAUAUGGAGACGAGCAAUUCAGAAUAUUUCAUCAGUUCAGGUCAGAACUCCCUGUGUCUCACUGAUCACUCUCCUGUACUUCCUGUCCCAGGAAGGGUGGAGGCGUCAUGUAGCAGUGCUUCAUCUCCAGGGAAACCAUAUGUAGAUGUCAGCGAGGAUAUGAUUGUACAGCUCAGACAGCAACAUUAUGGACCUUCAGACACACUCUUGAUAGCAAGUGACGGUACAGUACAGCCAAACUCGCAGGUCACGGACGGGGCUUCUCUGAACCAUCCUCCCAUCUUCUCCAGUUUUCCGGAAAGGAAGGUGAAAACCUUCCAAGGAGUCACCAAGGACAAGAAGUGCUUCAUCUGCUCAUUCUGUGGGAAGGUUUUUGAGCGUGUUGGUCAUCUGGAAAGGCACCAGCGAAUUCAUACGGGUGAGAAACCGUAUAGUUGUGACAUAUGUGGAAGGUGUUUCAACCAGAAGAGUAGCCUCAAAGGACAUCUGAAGACUCACAGAGCAGACGAUCCUGACAUGCUAACGGGACAAUCUCUGCUUGAUGAUACGAAGCCUGACUUUUAUCCUAGACCCUCGGAGAACCCAGAGGAACCGAGGGAUCAGCCCUCACCUGGUGAAGCACAGCCUAGCUCCGGGCACAGUGAGGAGGAGGAGGGCAGGGGGUUGGUGGGGGGAGCAGAGAAAGAGAAGCAGUUUGAAUCCCAGAUACUCAGUCAGUCAGGACCUCAACACCAACAAAGCACAGAGCGACCAGGUUACCAGGACGACCCAGAGUAUGUCAUGGAUGAGAGGGAGAGUCAGCUGUGUAGAUCUUUCACAGAGAGGCACAGUGAUGAGAGGGAGAGUCAGCUGUGUAGAUCUUUCACAGAGAGGCACAGUGAUGAGAGGGAGAGUCAGCUGUGUAGAUCUUUCACAGAGAGGCACAGUGAUGAGAGGGAGAGUCAGCUGUGUAGAUCUUUCACAGAGAGGCACAGUGAUGAGAGGGAGAGUCAGCUGUGUAGAUCUUUCACAGAGAGGCACAGUGAUAUGGAGUCUGGAUCACUAAAUCCAGGUUGCUCCUCCGAUGCGACAAAGCAGCAGAACUCCCUUCCUGUUUCACCCAGUGUCAAAUACCAUCACAGUCCUUUUGAUGGACUGCAGCACCACCACGGGUUCUAUACGUCAGCUUCUAGAGAGGUGGAACUUCAACACUUGUCUUUUCAGGAUGAGAAAGACAAGUUGGAUGUGAUUGAGCAAGAGCAGUAUGCAGGGGUGGUUCUACAUGCAAGGAACAGGGAGGAUGGUGAUGGAACAGUACUACCUAGGUUUCAGGACCGGGUACCACCGUCACCUCUACCUGUAGAGGAGGAAACGGCAAUGAGAGCGUACAUCACAGAACCAAACUACAGUCAAGAGGGGAUUUUAUUUGCCCUUGGCAUAGACAGUUUUGACAGUACAGAGGGAACCAGUGCCACUACAGACGACACAAGAAAUAGAUGUUUCAUAUGCUCCUUUUGUGGAAAGAGUUUUGAUCGCCAUAGUCAUUUUGAAAGACACCUGCACACUCAUACUGGUGAGAAGCCCUACAGCUGUGAGAUAUGUGGUAAAACUUUCACUCAGAAGAGCAGCCUGAAAGCUCAUCAGAGACUUCAUACAGGUUAAUCAAGGGCCAAAGAGUCUUAUGUGUGUUCCAAAUGGCACCCUAUUCCUUAUUUAGUGCACUACUUUCUAGGGUAUGAAUUGCCAUUUGGGGGACACACUUACUGAAAGUUGUUUUAAAAGGAAAAAGGAACAAUUGAGUAGUUAUUUGUUUUAAUGUCAUCUGGUAUCAUCUCUCUCAUAAUGUAAAAGUGUUUUUAAGAAUAACUUUCCUGCAUCAACCUUAUGGAUCAUUGAUCCAAUUUAACAUGUAAGCUACAUAUCCAUCUUUGUUUGUUUGUGAAGACCUUGAUGGUAGGGUUGCCUCUUUAACCCUUGGGCAUGACUCUGUUGCAUUACAUUACACAUGAGUCAUUGGAGUAAGCGUCUUCUGUUCGGGGAAGUUUUAAGAGCCCAGACAUUCGGUCUGAACAUUACCACGCGUCGCUUGUGGUACAGUUUUGGAAGCAUAAGGAUCAUAUCAGCGAGAAAAUACAUUUUUAAAAGUUAAAUUGAUACCUUUUUUAUAGGGUUAAUGUUUCCACAAGGCUGAUUAAUGAUGAUCUCCCAACACCUGUGUGUAAAUGGAUGCCACCACAAACACCGAAAAAUACUGUCUUCUGCAACUGUAGAGGGUUUAUGUAUCUAGAACCAACUGCUGCAAUUGAGAAUAGAUUCACGUUUAGAUGGGUAUUUGGCUGUUUUGGCUUCCAGACCCAAUUCGCCUCUAAACAGAACAUCCUUGGACAAUAAGGAGUAAAGUUAGGCUGUGUUAGUUCAUCAUUGGGCCAGGUUGUAGUUCAAAUGAUUGAGUUUUUUACUCUUGCUAUCUUAACCCAGGAAAAUCAACCUCAUUUAUUUUUGCUUUGAUUUGUUUUUUUUU